AUGAAAUUAAUAAUUAAAUUAAUUUGUUUUAUUACAUUAUUAUUAUUAAAUAAAUCAAUUGUUGAAUCAAAGUAUUAUGGAGUUCAACAUUUAGAAUCAUAUUAUAAUAUUAUAGAAAUUGGCACAAAAAAUUCUAUAUUCAAAUUGGAUUAUUCACAUUAUGGUGAUAUAUUAGGUAAUAAUUUUAAAAGCUUUGAAAAGGUUGUUAGUGGUAAUUUUGUUGACGGUUAUUUUCAAAUUGAUAAGGUAUUCAGACAAUUGGUACAUCCAGGUAGACAGUUUGAUUAUUCAAUCGAUGAUAAAUUCUAUACAAUUAGAGAAAACACAUCAAUUAUUGAACAAUUAAACUUUGAAUUAAAUAACAAAGUUAUGACAAACGUUGAUCAAACCUAUUCUGACGAAGUACCAAAUUUUCAUUCAAGUUGGCUUUUGAAAAAAGUUUCAGAUGGUGAAGCUGUUUUCACAACAAUCAAUAAUUUAAUAACUGCAUCUCAAGGUAUUGUUGAAGCUGAUUACAUUUGGAUUAGUACUCCUGACCCAGUUGGUUGUCCUCCAAUUAAAGAUAAAUGUGCUUUCCCUUUCAUCCUUACUCCAACCUAUACUCGUGAUGAUAAUCGUUGUAUUAAAUUCACUGGUUGUGUUAGAAUUUUAAAAAAUCCUUUAUGUAUUUUUGAUUUAACAAGUUGUCCAGCUUUUUAUAAAAAAGUUUCUUUUGCUUCUUCUCCUGAUGCUUGCAUUAAAAUUUAUUGUGAUCCAAAUUUUUAA